AUGGCUGAGAUUGUUGGAGCUGUUGCAAGCGGUGUUACGCUUGCAGGGCUCUUUGCUUCGUGCAUUGAAAUAUUCGCGAUCAUCGACACCCAACAUAAUGCGAACGACGACCAUGUGGUGCUCUCGACACAGUUGAAGAUCGAGCAAUGUCGCCUAUACGUUUGGGGUCAGAGGAUGGGACUGAAUAGGUCUAACGGUCGACCCCUAUCAAAUCGCAAGCAGAUGGCGGAUCUAGAUGGCACACCUUUCGCGGGGAUAAUUCACGAAAUUUUGCAUAAAAUAAUCUUCCUCUUCGAAAAUACUGCGCAGAUCGCAAAACGUUAUGGUUGUGAAAAAGUCAAACCAAAUCAGAUUCUUACGCAAGCCCCAGAGGGCUAUACUACCAAUCUCGACAGAGCAGGAACGUCAAAUGCUCAGCAGAUGGGACAAAAUCCGUCAGACAUUUCUCGAACACCAUCUCCCGGACCUAUGUGGCCACUCGACUGUACUGACGCGCACAGCUUCAUUCAGCAGAAGUUUCAUGACUUUAGAGUCUCCAAUACUACGCGUCCAAUUUCCAAGAUGAGAUUGAAAGGUCGCACCAGAUGGGCAAUCGGAGAUGGACAGAAGUUCAGAAAGCUGAUAACAGACAUUAGACAUCUCGUUGACGGUCUGGAAUCCCUUUCUGUACCACUGCGGGAGAGCGAGAUUCCCUCUCUCGACGAACAGGUGAACAUGCAGAUGGCAAAGAUUUCUGACCCAGAUACUCUUAGUUUGAUACAAGAAGCAGCCAGCCAAUGCCAUCCAGACCUUUCAGAGACUGCAUCUAUCAAGUUGAGAGCGAUUCGACAGACACAAGAUUACUCUGAAUGUAACCGUAUCCCGAAAGCUGAUGCUGCUGUCGAGAAAUGGAUGAGGAAGCAGCACGAUCUCAUUGGCGUCCAAUCUAAUAAACGUCACUUCGUCUCCCAAGACACAUGGAAGCGGUACGCGCUCCAGGCAAAAUCGGAUCUGGAUGACAUCGCACGAACUCUAUACGGGGAAGGUGUUUACUCACUGGAGGACAAGGAACUCGAUUCUGUGAAAGCAUUGUAUUGGAAAGCAGUCUCAGAUGCUCUGGAUCCUCGAGAGCGAGCUUAUAUGUCGAUGCAGGAGAAACGGGCAAAGCCUUAUAACCUACGUCGACUGUAG